CUGACGGGGCACCGAGAAGCUGGAGAGAAAAUGCUGCCGCUCCUCGGCAGCCGCGGCGACCUGGUGCUGCUCCGAGACUCGGUGGAGUGGGAGGGCCGGAGCCUGCUGAAGGCUUUGAUUCGGGAGGUGGCCCUGAAAGGGGAGCGAGUGCAGGUCCUGGGCUGCGAGGUGAGCGAGGAGGCUUUCAGGGAAGGCCUGGACGCCGAUACCAACCGGCGGCUCGUUUACCACGAUGUCUUCGGAGACCCCCAGGGCUGGGCCGGGCGCGGGGGGCCCCUGGGAGCCCUGAGGGCGUGCGUGAGUGGAGCCGAGCCCGGCCCCUGCACCCUCGCCGUGGACUCCCUCAGCUGGCUGCUGCUCCACGCUCCCUGCAGCGCCCUGUGCCAGGUGCUGAGAGCCCUGGGCCGCGGCAGCGCCCACGCCGGGCAGAUCCGGGUGCUUGGCCUGCUGCACGAGGACGUGCAUGGGCCGGGCCCCCUGGGCGCUUUGGCGAGUCUGGCCCAUGUCGAGGUGACGGUGGGAGGCGGCUUGGGCUGCACCACUGCGCGCGUCCUCCAGCCCAAGCCCAGACAUCGCCCGGUCGAGCAGACUCACUGGCUCUCCAUCCUGCCCAACUUUAGCCUGCAGUUCCACGGGGAACCCCCUCUGGAGGCCCAGCUCCACCGCAGACCCCCCUCCCCCACGAUGGUCGCCAUGGGAGACUUAACCUUUAACGUCCACCUGUCCAAGAAGGAAAGAGAGGCCCGGGAUACCCUGGCCCUGCCCUUCCAUUUCAGUUCGGAAAAGCAGCAAUCCUUGCUUCAUCCUGCUCUAGCCUCUUCCACCAGCCAAAUAUUUUAUGAGCCUGAUGCUGAAGACUACCUGGACCAGGAAGAUCCAGACAAUGACCUGGAUAUCUGAUGGUUCUGGAAUUCCUAGCAGUGAGGUCACCAAACAAUCCUGAGAUGAAUCUUCUAGCCUUGGCAGCAACCUCGUAAGCUUAAGAACCUGUGAUUUCCAGAAUCAAGUGCAAUUUGCCCAGUGGAAAGUACUUCCUGAUUGGACAAUAUUUCUUAGAGGAAAAGAUAACCACUGACAAGGUGAUCCUGGCUUGCUAGAAAAUACAGAUCUUGAGUGAGCUGAGCAGACAGUGUAGAUCUGAAGUGAAAUUGCUCAAGAUUGCCUACUCACCAAUCCUACAAGUUUCUGAGGAGACUUUACCUUUUGGGAGAAUACAAUAAAAAUUACAAGUUACUAUAGCAUGCUUAA